AUGGCAUCGACGAUCCAGCGCCCGGGCCUCGGGCUCCCUCUCAGUGCGUACAUCCACGCGACGGCAGCCCAGGGCCAGUUCCCGCCCGCGGUCGCGGAUGAUCAAGAAGAAGAGCAGUGGAAGAGCAACUCUGUGCCGACGCGGGAACGCGCGAUGCUGUGGUUCAUCUCCGAGAUCACCGACAAGCCCGACUGGCACACCAAGGUGCACGACGACGCCAUUGUGGCCAAGUGGAAGGCCGAGCUCGCCGGCUUCGUCGAGCAGGGCAAGGACGCGGUGCCGCUGAACCGCGGCUUCUCGGACGCCAUGUUCGACUACGCGCUCGCCGAGCUGCGUGACAAGGCCAAAGUGUUUGAGUCGGCCGGCGCAGUCAGCGUCAUCGACUGCGCGGGGACGGCGAUCAAGUCGGACACGGCGGUGAGCGAGGAGCUGCGCGCCCAGCUCAUCGCCGCUGUCAAGCCGCUCGAGGAUGUGCCCGAGGCCGAGAAGGACUGGCACCCAGGCAGCAACGGCCAGGUGCUCGACCUCGUCCACCCGUCCCUCUUCCCGCUAGUCUACGGCCGCACGCGCGUGCUCGACUGCGAGGUGACCCUCGCCGACGCCCUCGCCCUCGUCGGGGCGGGAGACGUCGUCCCCGUGCCGGAGGGACAGGAGCCCGCACCCGAGCCGAAAAAGUACACGCCGUGGACGCUCAACCGGCUCAUCAGCUACAAGUACCAGUGGCUGCCUGCCGAGGUGGACUUUGGCACCGGGAGUGCGCGCUUCGCGAGCUACAUCAACAACCUACACCCGGAGCAGAACAAGCCGCUGUACGGCGUGCUCGAGAAGCUCGUCGACGCCGCCGUGCCCCUCUGGGGCGCGGCAUACAACCGCGUCAUGGGCUGGGACGAGGUGGCCGACGCCGACGAGAUGGCGCGUACCCGCGUCCCCGCGCUCGCGUCGGACCGCAGUUGCACCGUGCCCGACAUCUGCGGGAACUACUGCUCGGGGUACAACCGCCCCAACCGCACCGAUAACGACGAGAACGGGUGGACGCUCGACCAGGAGUGGUUCGCCAGCACGCACAGCUACGCGCAGCCCGAGCCCAAGGAGUACAGCUAUCUCGGGUUGACCGCCGACGACCUCAAGCCCGAGCCGCCGCUGCAUGCGCACGCGAACAACAAGAUGCCCGGCCGGCUGCAGGUCAUUGUCAAGCUCGCCAACAUCCACCUCACGCCCGAGAACCCCUCGUACCCCGGCGGGACGUGGCACUCUGAGGGGCAGAUGAACGAGCGCAUCGCCGCGACCGCGUUGUACUACUACGACUGCGAGAACGUGACGACGUCGCGGCUGGCGUUCCGCGCCGUCUGCGACAGGGAGGAGAUGUGCGCAAACUACCAGUACGACCAGGGCGAGUUUGAGGGCUUCAAGCAGCACUACGACGUGAACCCGGACGACUUUGUCGAGAAAGACCAGCUGAACGGCAAGCUCAUCGAGCUGGGCGACGUCGUCACGCGCGAGGGACGCCUGCUCGUCUUCCCAAACGUGUACCAGCACCGCGUGGGCUCGUUCGAGCUCGCCGACAAGACCAAGCCCGGGCAUCGCAAGAUCGUCGCCCUGUUCCUAGUCGACCCCGCCACGCCCGUCGUGUCCACCGCCAACGUGCCCCCGCAGCAGCUCCACUGGCGCGACGCCGGCCUCGGCGACCUCCCGCCCGAGCUCACGCAGCAGAUCUACAAGGACGUAGGGUGCCCGUAUGGCUGGGACGAGGCGGUCAAGUUCCGCGAGGAGCUCAUGGACGAGCGGCGCGCGCUCGACGCAGCGGCCGACGACCAGCUCAGGUUGGGCAACUGGAGCUUCUGCGAGCAUUAG